AUGCACACUGGUUUACAGGCUGCCAUAGACCGAGAAUUUAAAGAGUUGACCGUUAAAAGGGAUAUAGCUCUGGUGAUUCAUCAGCUGACAGGGGAGUGGGAGACUCGAAAUUCAAAAUUAAUACCAUAUCAGGAAUACAUCCAGGAGUUAAUCCAAGAGUUUGACCAAAUCAAAUUUUCCCACUUACCAAGGGAAAACAAUUUGAUUCCUGAUGCCCUAGCCACACUAGUAGUUUUCAUCAAAGUGGAACCAGAAAUAGAAAUUGAGUCAAUUCGCAUAAGGAUGCAAUCAGAAUUGGCCUACUGUGUAGUGACCGAUGAAGUCGAUGGAAAACCAUGGUUCUAUGACAUCAAAACAUAUCUUCAAAAGCAGGAAUAUCCUAAAGGAGCCUCUAGUAAUGAUCGGAAGACGAUAAGGAGACUGGCAAUGGGAUUUUUUUUGGAGGGAGAAGCGCUAUACAAGAGGAACCAUGAUAUGAUCCUCUUAUGA